GCGCCCUCGCCCCGCCCCCUGCCCGCUGCCGCGGCGACCCAGGCCGCGAGCCGACGCGCGGCUGGAGCCGUUCCCCGACGGCAGCCGGGCGCUCGGCCGCCGUGUCUGGGCUGAGCGCCGCGACGCCGCGCCGGAAACCCUCCCGGGUCUUGAGGCGUAUGGAACCUCAAGGACUUUAUGACAAUGGAAACCAAAAAAUUGAUUGGCAAGCCGCUUCAACCAGCGAGACCUGUUCGUCAUCUCUCUUCUCCUCCAGGACCAGUGUUCCCUUUUAACUUUCAGAAUGAAUAUCCAUGUAACACUCAGUGCUUACAGAGUGGAGUUGGCAGAUGUAAGACAAAUGGAAUGCAAGCCUUUUCUCAAGGUCUUAAUGAGCAACAGCAACACCAGUCUCCAGUUAAAAAAGAGAGAAUUAAAUACAGCAGAGAUUUCUUGUUGAAGCUUUCAAGUGUUUCCAUCUGCAGAAAAAAACCAGACUUUCUGCCUGAUCAUCCCAUUGUACUUCAAAAACCAGAAAACAACCAAAGUUUUAAGUAGCAUUUAAGAACAGAUGAAUUUGAAGAUAAAGAAUUAUUCAUUUUAUAUUUUGGACACCUGCAAAUGAAGUGGACCUAGUAAUAAUAACUAAUGGACUGUGACGAUUCAAUUUAUUUUUACUUUUGAUGGUUGGCUAUUUGGUUUCUCAUAAAAUGAGAAAGAGAUAUUUAAACUAUAAAGAAUUUUUCUAAUCAGUUUCAACUUUGCAGGUAGUUCCUGCGAAAAUUGGGAAGUAACACUCGAAAGUGGGGAUGUUGUUGGCGAAGUGGGAAGACUGUAUUAUAAUUUGCAUGCUACUUGCAAUUCUUGUUUUUCAUCACUUGUAAUAAUGGAAUGGAAAUGUAAGCUGUAAAGAUUCUCAAAUAUAAAGUAUUUGCUACAAUGUA